AUGUCAGACAAAGAACAAGCACCAGAAACCAAGCAAUCCAAUUCCAAAAAUUCAAGCAAUAGCAACAGCAAUUCUGGUAUGGAUACAUCAAAUCCAUACUAUGUUCAUUCUUCAGACCACCCUGGUCAUAUGCUCGUUCCAACAAAAUUGAACGGCGCCAAUUAUCCACCUUGGAGUAAAUCCAAGAUUCAUGCCCUCACAGCCAAGAACAAAAUUGGCUUUGUCAAUGGAUCCAUUAAGCCGCCAUCAGAAACAGAAAACCCCACAAAAUAUGCUUUUUGGAAUCAAUGCAAUAGUAUGAUUUUAUCAUGGUUUGCUCACUCUGUGGAACCCGAUCUAGCCAAAGGGGUUGUCCACACCAAGACCGCUCAUCAAGUAUGGGAAGAUUUCAAAGACCAAUUCUCACAAAAAAAUGCGCCAACAAUUUAUCAGAUUCAGAAGUCCAUCGCCUCUCUCACACAGGGCACCAUGACAGUCUCAGCCUACUUCACAAAACUCAAAGGCCUUUGGGACGAAUUAGAGACAUACAGAACUCCUCUCACUUGCAAUGAGAUGAAAGCUCACAACAAAGAAAGAGAAGAAGAUAAGAUGAUGCAAUUUCUUAUGGGCCUUAAUGACACAUUCAGUGGCGUUCGCAGCAGCAUCCUCAUGAUAACACCAUUGCCCAAAGUCCGUCAAGCUUAUUCACUUGUCAUUCAAGACGAAACACAACGACAGAUGACAUCGGGAACAACCGAGAACUUUUCUAUUGCCACAGCUAUCCAAAGUCGUCCAAACAAUUCCAAAAAUAAACAUUGUGAUCAUUGUGAUCGCAAUGGUCACCAAUCACAUGGGUUUGUUCCACAUGCGGGCUCAUCAUUCCCAUCCGCACACGCGGCCCAGCAAGUUGGCUCUUCAAGUGUCACACAGCCUUCACAAAAUCCAAUUCAAGCUCCAGACUUUUCAGCUCAUACAUUCUUGAGUGGACUUACUUCUGAGCAAUAUCAACAAUUGGCCACAGCCAUGUCACUAGUGAACACCAAUGCAUCAUCCUCUGGUAAUAACCAUGCAUUUGUGAAUGCAGUAGGACUUGGCUAUCGGGAAGAUGAUUGGUAUGGGUAA